UUCCGGCCACCUCCUCUUCCACCCCAUCCGGCUGCUGUAACGUCUGAAACCGAAAAAAAAUUUAUAAAAAAAAAUUAAAAACUCCCGAAGUCCAUUCGUCGUUUUCUUUUUACCCGUUAUUUUUUCACCGGGUAAACGCGAAACGAAACGGCUUAACGGCGCUGGGCGGUUGGACGACGAUGUCUGUUGUUGUCAGUUAUUGCUGGAAAAACGUAUCUGUCCACCGGCAGAGGGUGCUGUUGGACGGCCACAAUACUUUCUGCACACGUCGCAAUGCAUUUAUUUAAGUCAAUCAUCACAUACGUUUGUAGUGGUAGUCGUUUAUUAUCAUUUCCCUGGGCGCGCGGUAAUUUGUCGUGCCGUCGUCGUUUUUCGCGUCACCGCCACUCGGCCGCGGUCGACAAUUGAUCCGGACGCCGCGGACGUUACGGCUUCUCUACGACAUCGGUACGUAACAAUAACACGCAUAACCACAAUAACACACAACAACAACAACAACAACGACGACGACGACGACGACAUUAUACGGUAUACGGUGACGCGUGCACCGUACAACGAUCCCGGUGGUGGAAUUAGAUGGUAGGCAAGCCGCAAUGGCAGAUGUGCAAAUGGAUAUUUACGAGGACAUGUUCAAAGAGAUUACGAAAAAAAUUUACGGACAAGACACAUCGUCGUCAGAGGACAGGCAGUUUGCUGGCCAAGACGCGUACAAAAUGGUAGAAGAGGGCCUGAGUAUGAUCGACAACGAUGAGGCCGAGUCGUUCGGCGAACCAUCGCAGCCCGAGGACGACCCUUGGAUGACCAGUGACGAAACGAUCGCGUGGACUACGUCAAAAAUCGGCAGCUACAACGUAGACAAGAAACUGUUCAAGUGUCAAGAGUGCGAUUCCAUGGGCCUUCUGUCUAGUGUGGCCGAACACUGGCUGGGCACUCACGCUGACGUCAAGGUGUUCCAGUGUCCGCAGUGUCCGUACGCGAGCGCGUACACAAAGUGCAUCCGCUUGCACUUGGCCCGACAACAUAACGUGGUGGCCGAACACGGGACGCAUCAGCAGGCUGGCCGGAAAUCGUGGAAGGAGAGCCCGGUACUCGAAGAGGUCACCAGCUACCUGGGCCGGUUGAAAGCGGCGGCAGAUAAAGCGAUAGCCACCGCCGCCGCAGCCGCAGCGGCCGCUGCCGUAGCAGCAUCCGCCGAAUCGGAAGCCGCCGACGACGAAAUGCGACUGAACGCGGCCGACACGGAAACGCAGACCGCUCAGAAGCGGUUUAACUGUGCCCACUGUCCGUACGCCACCGAUCGGCGGGACCUGUACACCAGACACGAAAACAUACACAAAGAAGACAAACCGUUCCAGUGCGACAUAUGUCAGAAGCAGUUCAACCGGGCAGACCACGUCAAGAAACACUACACGCGCAUGCACAGAGAACACGAGUACUGCUUGAGCCGAGUGAAGCGCGACCCUUUCGGUAAGUCUGCAGCCGCGGCCGCGGCUCACCAUCAACAUCACCUGCAGAGGGUGACGCUGUAUUCGGGCGACCCACCACCGCUGGAACCGGAGACGCAAAUCAUCGUGUCACGGACGAUCGACGAACAACCACUGCCCCCGGCACCAAUUAUUGCAGCUAACAAUCCCCUCGUGUUGGACGACCAACAACAACAGCAGCAACAGCAACAGCAACAGCAGACGGUCGUCAACAUCGCCGUGGUCAAUUUUAACGAACAGACCGGCACGCACACCAUACAAAUACCGAUACCAGCUAACCAGAUAAAACCGGUGAUGUUUGCACCCGAUACCAUUUUGGCAGUGGACUCGGUGGUGCCGACGAGUACGGUGGCGAUGACCAAACCGAAGGGCAAGGGCAGCCGGAAAAACUUCGAGAAACGGUAUUGCUGCACGUUUUGCCCGUGGUCGGGCGUCGACAAUUGGUGUCUAAAACGGCACCUCAACACCCACAUGAAGCCCUACGAGUGCGUAUUCUGCGAGUACAAAGCGGCCCGAGCCGAACGGUUGGCUACCCACGUGUUCAAAGUGCACAGCAAACGAAUGUGCUGCCGUUGUUCGUACAUUGCUCAGGACCAAGACGACUUGUACGUCCAUCAGUCCGAAAACAAUCACAAAAGUGUAAGGUCUCGUCGAACCCAGACAUCGCCUAUCCCGUCGUCGCCUGAACAAUCCGAGGAGACUGCAGACAAAAACGACGUAAUUGUCGUUUGGCCAAUGGCGGGCGUGACGGAUUCUCAGAGUUCUAUUCAAAUAUAAUGGUUAAUUAAAUCGAUGUGCCAAAACGAAUAUUAUUACCUAAUCGUAGUUACAGGGAUGAAAUAAACUAUCGACAGGCAUACAAUACGCAUUAAACCUCAAUCGAGAUUAUUUAGGAUAAAUACAUAUAGAAGUCUUGGUGUCUUACAGAUAUAUUUGCAUUGAUCGUUUUUAAAACGGUACAUAAUUGAUAACAAUAAUAUAACGGCUCUCGUAUUAAAUUUGAAUGACUUUUGGGAGAAAAAGUUCAAAAAAUUGUUAGUUAUACCCAUUCAAUUUACUAUUUUAAUGAAUUCCGGCAUUCGCAUAGAGCAUCCCAAAUAAACCUACCUAAGUAAUGUAAUAUUAUGCUGCGUAGGUAUAGGUACUAGGUAUAUACACAAUUAUAAUUUAUAGGUUGGUACCUACUACCCAUACUUUUUAAUACACCCAUUAUUAUUGCCAAUCGCGUCUGGCUUCCGGUUCAACUAGAAGAAUAGAUGAAAAUCAAGGUCCUCGAAUUAAAUCGGCGUAGACCUCCUAACCUACUAAACCUAUCUCGAGUCUUAUAUUGUAGGCUUAUAUUAUAUUAUAGCGUAUAGGUGUACCCAACUGUUAGUUAUUAGGUAGGUACUCAUCACUUAUUAGUUAUUACAAUUCACGUACCUACCUAAGACAGUAAAGCGUAUUAUUAGCACAAUUUCGUAAUAUAGGUAUAGGUUAAGAUUUAUCUUCAUUUUUAUGGUCGGGGUGCAUACGGAAAUGUUUUACGAUCAAAAAGUAGGUAACACUGUUAAACAGUAUAAAAAUAAUAAAUAUACCUACAAUAUAUUAUGGGUUCUAAACAAAAUAUAGUUUCUAAGAAGGGAUUUCGGUUGAAAUCCCCCCCCCCCCCCACUGAAUUUGACGAUUUACUUAAACCCACCUACAAUAAUUCUGUGUCCUGAAUUCAAUGUCCAUAACCAAACGGCAAAAUAAUAAAUUUAAUUGCCUAUAUAAUUCAGAUUAUUAAUUAGCUAAUAAGAUAUUGUUCCAUUAAUUUUUAUAUUUAUAUUUUAUUGUUAAAGAUUGUUGUAACAUUGGUUGUUAAGCUUACAAUGAAUCAUAUUAUAAUUAUAAUAGUUACAAUUUAUAUCUAUUUUGUUUAAAAUUAUGUUUUAAAAAUUUCUCGCAGGGUCUUUUUUGUCACCAUUUUGAUAUUUAAGGAUUCAAACUAAUAAACAAAUGAUUAUUGAUUUUACAUAAUUCUUAUAAACUUGUCUAUUCAUAAGUAGGUAGAAAACUACCUAACUAACUACAUGUCUUUAAUUGUUGAACAGAAAUUGUGUAGGUAUCUAAAAACAUACUGUAAUAUUAUAGAUAGUUAUAUGUACUAAGUAGGUAUAUAUUUAGGUACAUGAAAUUGCAUUAUCUAGGUACCUACAUGUCUACCUACCUUUUUUGCCAAGGAUCUACAUUGAUUUGAUAUGCUAAAUUUAAUAUUCAACCAUUUUAUGUUAUGAUUUAUAAAUAAUAGGCACGUAACUUGAUUCACUCAAAAUCUAAAUUUGAUGAAAAUACUAAAUAACCAAAUUUCUUUUUAAAUUUUCAUGAAUUCACUAUUUACAAAUUACAAAACCUAUUAUGUUUGUUAGAAUAGAUAUUAUAAUUCCUAAGAAAUAAAUUGUGAUUAUAGACGGACUAUUUAAAUUUAAUAUUAUACUACAUUAAUUAUACUUGCACAUUUAUUAUUAUUUGAUAACAAAAUAUUUUGUGAAUUUCUUUACUUUACUUCUAAAACAGUGGAAAUAUAUCCACCCACUAAUCGUUUUUAGAACAUGAUAAAUUACCAACCAGGAUGGCUUAACCACCUAAACAGAGGCCUAUACAUGUACAAGGAUUUUUUAUAGUAGGUAGUAUAUAUAAAUAGACUGUUUUCUGUAAUGUUGUACAUACCAUAAAAUGUACACUUGCCUUUUGAAAAUGUGAAAGUAUUACAUUAUCCAUAACAUUAAAUUAUAAAUAAAUUAUAAGUAUAACAAAAUGUCAAGUAAAUAGAAAUAAUCAACUUAUUAUGAAGCAAAUUUCUCAAUAUUUUCUAUAUCUUCCAAUAUAUAUUAUUUAUUCUUUAUAUUUUAAAAGAUUAUCAUUGAUCAAUUUAAAUAUUUAAGAAUCAAGCCGUAAAAUAAAGUUUGUAAAAUCAUUGUAUAAUUUAUAUUAUAUAAACUUAACUUUACUAUAACAACUUCCUAUUUUUAAUUAUUUACAACAGACAAAAUAAUAUGUAUUAAUAUAUAAAAAUAUUUUUUUUUUUGUGUAGGAUGCAUUUAUUGUUGAUUAAAAUAUUAAAUAUAUUUCAUAACAUCAAAAAUUUUGAGUUUUAAAUAAAUCCAUCCAAUUAAUUUAAA